AUGACUGAUACUAGGGUAGUUGAAAAGAUCCUCUGGUCGUUGGAUUCUAAAUUUAACUACAUUGUUGUAGCCAUUGAAGAGUUAAAGGAUUUGGAUUCCAUGACUGUAGAUCAACUCAUGGGUUCGUUGCAAGCUCAUGAAGAAAUGGUGGUAAAUAAACAAGAAGCUUUGGAGCAAGUACUACAAACAAAGUUUUCGUUGAACGAAAGAGACGAAAAACAUGGAGGAAAUCAAAGGGGCCGAGGACAUGGAAAUGCACGUGGCCGAGGAAGAGGAAGAGGAAGAGGCCGUGGAAGAGGAGAAAGAAGCCGUCAACACACAACCAACAAUGAAGAAAAAUAUGGUCAUUAUGCUUUAGAAUGCAGAAAUGUUGCUAACGAUGUUAAAGAAAAGGCCAAUUAUGUUGAUGAAGAAGUGGAACCUACUCUGUUGUUGGCAUACAAAGGUGAAAGGAAUGAAGAAGAUGUGUGGUAUCUUGACACCGGUGCUAGCAACCAUAUGUGUGGUAGCAAAGAGAAGUUCGUUGAUAUUGAUGAAUCAAUUAAUGGCAAGGUGACAUUUGGAGACUUAUCACAAAUUUUGAACAAUAUUUUGAGUUUGGGACAGCUCUUAGAAAAAGGCUAUAAUAUUGCCAUGAAGGAUUGUAGUCUUUCGAUAAAAGACCCAUUGGGUAAUUUGAUUGCCAAGGUUCCAAUGACAAAGAACCGGAUGUUUUUGCUAGAUAUUUAA